AUGGCCGAUAGAAGAAAUCCACCUGUCGACGCAGAUGAUUUCGUCGAAGCCUUCGCAAGAAGGAUGGAGGCAAAUCAAGUCGGUGGGAGGCUAGGACGACUAGUAACACACAUAAGGAGUCUAGGAGCAAGGAAAUUUACUGGAGGGAAACCUCAUGAGGCUGAAGAAUGGAUUUACAAUCUGGAAAUCCACUUUGAAAUGAUGGACUGUACCCAAGUAGAGUUACGAAGAGUGGCUACUUGUCUUUUAGAAGGAGAUGCUCGUUUCUGGUGGGACACGGUCAAACGUGUCACACUCCCUGCAGCAAUGGAACUCAUGGAAUGGGCUGUCUUCAAAGAGAAAUUUCUGGAAAAAUAUUUUCCACAAGUUGAGAGAGACAAGAAAGAAUUAGAGUUUAUUCAACUUACCCAAGGAAAGAUGACUGUGAUUGAGUACGAGACCAAGUUCACUAAACUUUCUCGUUUUGCUCCACACAUGGUAGAUACCGACGAUAAAAAGGCAAGACGAUUCAUUGGAGGACUGAAUUCCAAUAUUCGAAGAAUGGUCACUCAACGUGGAAUCACGUACGAGGAAGCUGUGGACAAAGCCCUAACUCAAGAGGAAGAAAAUCAAAAAUACCGCAUGGAGAAGGAGCGAGAGAAUGGCUUCCGAGGAAAGAGAAGUCAUCCAAUGUCUAACCAGAAAAGCGGACAACCAUGGAAGCAGCAAAAAGGGAGGGACUCAUUUCAGAAGCCGACAUCAUCAACUGAAAAAGGAAAGGAGGUAGCAACAGGCCCAAUUCGGUGUUUCAGCUGUGGAGAAAAGGGGCAUAUAUCUAAUACUUGUCCAAAGCCACGUCGCCUUCCAGGAUCUUGUUACAAUUGUGGCAAGAUGGGACAUUUCUCAAAUCAGUGCGAUGCACCAAGGCAAAAAAAUAACCCACCACCUCGUCCUGUCCAGCUAAAUGCCAUAGCUCGUGAGAACAUCGUGAUGGAAGGUACGCUAAUAGCAUAUAGUACUCAUGCUCAUAUACUAUUUGAUACUGGCGCAUCCGAUUCGCUUAUGUCUGCUGCAUUUGUCACAACUUUGGGAUUGACACCAACUGAGCAUGAUGAAAUUUUAACAGUCUCAACACCAUUAGAAAAAUUUACCACUUUAACCAAAGUAUGCAAAUCAUGUCUCAUACAUGUUCUAGAUACAGAAUUUCCCAUGGACCUCAUAGUCAUAAAUUUGAGGCGAUUUGACAUAAUUCUAGGAUUUGAUUGGCUAAGCAAAUAUCAUGCCUUUAUAGGCUGUCGUGAGAAAACCAUCACCUUCACUAUUCCUGGCCAACCCAUUCGAAAAAUUCAGUGUGACUCGCCCAAAAAAAUUCAUAUCUUCCAAAAUUCUUGCCAAUGUCGAAUUAAAGAGUUCAAAACCUUUAAUAGACCAAAUCCCUAUGGUAAACUCAUUUAA